AAGCUCCAGUAGAGAGCAGAACCUGGAUAUACACCAUCGAAGCUGUCUGGUAGUUUUCGCCUUUAUUUUUACUUUUUCAUCCAAAAUGUUUAUCUAGUACCAUCUGCCUUUUUCCCGCAGGAGCAGGUGUGGAAAUGGAGGCGAUGGAAGAUGACAGCUUGAGCGCUAAAGACGACCAUAAUCACAACUAUUGUGGGAGCGGCGACAGUAAAGUCCGUACAUAUCUUAGCAGCCAGCUGUCGGAUGUAACGACUGUCCCGCAGCCCGUCUGUGCAGCGGUGCCCGCUGCUGGAGAACCGGGUACCAGGCACUGCUUCGGUGGCAUCGGCGGGUCAAAGUUUCUAGACUCGGAUACAGGCAGUGAAAGCAGUGAAGUCAGCGAGACUGACUGCACGGCUGCGCCAGCUAAUGUCGAGGGAAAAUUCACCCUCGAUUCUACUUCCAAGUUCCUUCUGAAUGCAAUGGCUGUAGAAGACUACCGUAAGAACCACUGGCCAAACCUGGAGAAUGCAAUUGACCGUCUACUUAUCCAGAACUCUACGGAUCAAAUCUCUGUCUCCUACGCUCAGAUUUACGGCUACAUCUACAAGUGUGUUUGCCAGCAGCACUCUGAGCUGCUUUACAGUGAUCUGACAUCAAAAAUAACAAAUCACCUGCAGCAGGUUUCCAUUCAGCUACAGGCCAGCCCAUCUGAGAACUUAAUUGAGAACUUCAACGUGGCGCUGACACAAUACACAGCUUCUCUUCAGUGUAUAGUUCCAGUAUUUAUAUACUUGAACAAGUUCUACAUUGAGUCAAAACUUAACAGAGACCUAAAGGAGGAUCUGAUGAAGCUGUUUGCUGACCAUGUAGCAGAAAAACAUUUGGAUGCACUGAUGCCUCUGCUCAUCAAAGCUCACUCCAGGCCUUUCCAAGUGCAGCCAUCGACAAUGGCCAGUGUGGUUAAAGGCCUCUACACCCUACGACCAGAGUGGGCACAGCUUGCUCCGGGUCUUUUUUCCAGCUUCAUUCCACAAAUCCACCCUCCCGCCGUGGAGUCUCAGCUGCCUGAUUACGCCGCUCAUGACCAGAAGCUGCAAAUGGAGCUCUCCAUGAACGGUUUUCCACGAGGUGACCAGUCUCGAAAACGAGCCAGUGAAGACUCCUGAUAGCAGAGCCGGCGCCACCAGACUUGUUACUGUGCCUCCUACGCUGUCCCAAUGCACUUGGUACAAAGUUAACAAUGCAUCAGUUUCUUGACUGAAAGCCACAAAACACUGUGAACUGAAGAGAAAUGAGCAGAGCUCUUAACCUCGCUGCACUUAAAUAGAAUAAAAUAAAAGCACACCAAUUGGCAUUAUGGGUGCUUUCCUCUGUGAAGAUGCAUCCAGCGGACUAAGAUGGACUUCUUCAUGUUUUACAUUUUGAAGAUGGCCUUAAUGCGUCUGAUUGAUCAGAUAUCCUAAGGAGGGAUAGGCUGAUGGUGAAUGUUUCAUUCCUGACCUUUAACCUGGAAGUGUUCUGUAUUGUUUUAAUAGACUGGGCUAAUCAAGACUUUCUAUUGCUGCUAAUAACGCUGUCCAUGUGUUAAUCAAAUGAACCUCCUGGUUUUUGGUGUGUGGAGGCCAAUGCUUCGCGUCAACACAGACGAAUGUGGAGAAAAUGUGAUUAUCCCGCCUUUCAUGUUGCCUUCACUGUGUUGGCAAACCAGAUUGUGUUUCCCAGUUAUGCCAAAGAGGAUUGCAGAGCAUGUUGGUUUACUUGUUUUGUACAUGUAUUGGAUUCAAGAUGAAAUUGUUAAUGUGUGCUGUCCAUGUCACUCAGCCAUUAUUUUUUAAUAUUAACUGUUCAUUUCUGGGGUUCAUGUUAACUUUUUUCCUUUAAAAAUAGUUGAGUUUUUUUUAAGCUUUGCAACAUUUGCUGAGCUUGCCAGAAAGUGCCAGACAAUUUUAGACAUCUACAGAAUAAUGUUAAAAAUGUUCUUGUUUCCUCUUUAUAUCAAACCUAAUUAUUGAUAGAUUUAAGAAAUGGUAUGCAAGUCUUUGUCUCUGGUGCACCAGGGCAUUAUAUGUUCCUCACAUAAUGUAAAUAUUUUGUCCCUGAAUAGUGGUCUGUGCAUCUUAGCAUUAUCACAGGUUAAUUUCUGUUGAAUAAUUCAAUUGAAUAGACAUAUUCAAUGGAAGGUCUUACACUGUUGUAGGUGUAAUUAGAUGCUCAGGCUUGUUUCAUGUUUUCAUCGUUGAGGUUUGAAGCCGUUUGUUUAAAAUAAAUAAAAAUAAAAAUUGUCAUAGGACCUGAAACACAAAGAUGGAUCAGGUUCAUUUGAAAAGUGGUGAUCUAGUAAAUAAGUAAUAAUUAUUUGGGAAGUAGCUGAAGAACAGAAUCAUUGCAAAUACUAAACACUGGAUUCACUAAGCUACUUAUCAGUUCUCUUAAACAUGCAGCAAAACUUUAUAACUUCUUAAACUGUGAAUAAAAUCCCA